AUGGCUACCAGAUCGUUGCGGCAGAGGUCGAGCCGCUAUUCGAGUCCAGCCACUUUCGGUGAGAAAGAGGCUGCUCCAAAGCCCGCCGAGGAGAUCUCGACAAGGAACGGUCAACAGACGAGUCUGGACAAAUGGAUUGAGCCCGCUGUGCGACCUGCGGUCCCGAGUUUUGAAGAUACAAGAGGUCUCGAGAGGGUUGGCGUGCUCGAGAACAUGCAGCCCCUGGGAACGGCGCCUUCUCAACGACUGCUCCAAAAGCUCAAAUUGAAUUAUGUGCGCCCCUCGCCACGACCAGCCGCGGCACAGGUGGACGAGGUUGUCACUCCUGUGGCAGAACCUGACAAGGUGGACUCGGCGUCACCUUUAGAGGACGAGGCAGUGAUAGUGGCAGCAGCUGAGGCCGAGCGGCCUGAAAUAUUGUCCGACAUCCCACUCCAUCCUCAACGGCCAUCUGACACCAUUGUCAUUUCCAGUCCCCCGCGUGGUCGGCCUCCUAGAAGGGAUGUUGCAGAGAUGCCCCAAGCAGCGACCGUUUCGCCGUCCCCCAUGACAUUAUCAUUUACCCCUACCAACCAUGUUUCGCCCAAACCACUAUCAAUUCAGCAGCAACUACGACAAGACCGACUUCGCACCCAUGUCAAUCGAGCUGUUCAGGAAGCGCACCAGAAGAACACGCCAGACCUGGCACAUGGGCUUCAGAAAAUCCGUGACGAUGCUCAGCUGAAUCCGGAAUUGUGGAAUGUGUUGGAGGCUUUGAUCAACAAGUCUCCUAGCUCUGAGCAGUUUAGAGUUUUCAAGCGCUACAUCAAAUCAGGCGUCAAGCAGCAUAGACGAGAGAGUCAAAUGUCUGCGAGUCCUUAUCAACCGUCGCCUCAAAUAUUCAACGACCUCACUUCCCCUGAUUACCGAGUACGCUCACCGAAGCCCGGCCACUCACACGCCAACACGCCCUUGCAUUCCGCAGAACGCCCUCCCAGAAUCAAUCUCUACUUCAACCUCCCGCGCGCAGCAGCUACUUUUGGCUCCGAAGAAGCGCCAGUCUCGCCGUCCACGAUUUCCCGGUCUGUUGGGAUCGUUGAGCCAAGUGGAAAAUCCAUCCACCACGCCGCCAAUUCGUCGCCUUAUAAGCGGAAAAGAUCAGGGAGCGUGUCGACUCUAUCAUCGCUUUCGUCAGCUCCAUCAAUCCCAGAUGAAGUUCCACCUCCCUGGGAGCCACAAGGAGAGGAGCCGGCUGGAGGCGACCGAUCCAGAUCAGCUGGACAACGCCAAGCCGCAAGCCAGGUGGCAGCUGGCAACAGACUCCGUUCAGCAGCCGGUGCCGCGACUCAACCUUCUCAUUCUGCUCCCAAACAGUCCUAUCCAGAGGUCGCGACUUCCUCCAAGACCAACUCCAACAAGAAGUUCAAGAAGUCGCGAGAAGAAACCGAGUUUGACAUUGAUGAACUGUCUAGGCGGAAACGGGUUUAUCUGGAUGACAGCUUUCAUGAUUACAACACUAUUCCUCGGCCUGAGAGCAACGAACGAGAUCCGGCCCACGGACAUCCAGUCCGAGCUGCAUCGCUCGACAAUCCCCCUGCCCCCGUCAUUCAUCCAAACAGUUUGGUAGUGCCCAGCGUCGCAUUGACGUCUCCAGUGAGCGCUCAGGCGCCGCCUGACAGUAUCUUGGCCAACGGAGCCGGUCGCAAGAGAAGAUAUGAUGAGGUGGACACAGACGACCUCGAGGAUAUCACCACCGAGUCGUCCUCUCCUGGCCCGCUGAUUGUACCACCACCGCCGGGUGUGGCAAACGCUCAGACACGGAGUGCGACCCCAAGAGCGACCAGACUUCAACCAGCACAGAAAACGCGCAAAUCUGCGCGGGUCAUGGUAUCGCCCAACAAGCCCAAGAAUGGCGGAAUCACGGCAGGAAUUGCACGUGCGGGGCCAGGGCGUGAUGCUGGGCUCGGCAAUUUGAAUGGAGCAGAAUCAAGCGCAGAGGACAACGACGAGUUUUGCGCAUCUUGUGGUGGCGAAGGGAAGCUUCUUUGUUGUGAUGGCUGUACAAAUUCCUUCCACCAUGCGUGCUUGGAGCCUCCCUUGAAUCCGGAUGAAGAGGUCGAAGGCGAAUGGUUCUGCCCGCGAUGCGUUGCUCGGCGGACGAAGCAGGUCCCCCAGCCAUCUGGUCUCUUGGGUAUGGUUAUUCGUCGCGUUGACGACAUCAUUCCGAAAGCCUAUUCACUUCCUCUGGACAUUCGCGAUUAUUUUGAAGGAGUUCGAACGGGAGACGAAGGCGAGUACGAAGAGGUCAGCCUCCCCCGCACCCAAAACAACACAGCUAGGAUGAACCGAGCUGGUUUCAUCGAAGAGCCCAACUACAAGGAGAUCCGCGACGGCAAAGGCCACAUCAUCAGAUGCUAUCGCUGCAACAUGACCGCCAAUGGCCGCGAUAUCAUCCCUUGUGACUUCUGUCCGGCGAAAUGGCACUUGGAUUGUAUAGACCCGCCUCUUGCCGUGCCGCCGCGGCGCCGCGCGGGUGACAAACCUGGUGCAUCGUGGCGUUGUCCUCUCCACGUUGAACACGACUUGGUGGCUGUUGGUCGGCAGAGCGAGAAAGCCCCGGGCGAGCUCGGUCGCGUCCCGCGAUUACGCAAGCCAAAGAACGCCGUGCCACUCGACGUCAGCGUGACUCGAGGCUUUAGAAACAAUGGAAUCAUCGAGGUCGACCUAAUGAAGGACCAGCCCGAAUUCGACAAGACCAAGGAAGUCCAAAUGCAUGGCAAGAUUUACCGAAUCCCGGAGAUGGGUAUUAGAUUGGAUUUCAUCGAUCGAGUGAAGAAGAGCUGGUAUGAAGAUCAAUCCUUCCCCAGGCUAAUGGAUGCUCCCAAGAGGAUACGAAAUCGAAAAUAUCGCCCUGAUGGAGCUGUUCUUCAUCAUCCGCCCACACAGACGAUUGUCAAGAUUCGAGAACCCGACUUCUUCACGGGUGCGAAUGCUCUGGCCAUCACAGAGACGGCCAAAGCAAAUGUCGCGUUGCGGAGACGAUCAAUCCGAGAACAGCAAACUGUGUUGAAUCUUGCUCAAAUGUCCCAAAAGGGGAUUGACGGCUACUCUGGGGAUGCGUUGGCAGAGUUGACAAAUCAACUGAUCAGCGAAGCUCCCUCUGAAGUGGUAGAUGCCGUCGAAAGGACUGAGCUGGAUCAACUCCUCGAAUUGCAAGAGCUUAUCAACAGGAGGCUUGCUUUUUUGGGACACGCUACAAAUACCUCACGCUCGACAUCCAUGGAUGCUGGGACGUCCGACGGCAACUUCACUAGCGAUGAGAUUCCCCCCUCCCAAGAUCCCAAUAUUGAUCCGGCUCUACAUUGGCUGCCGUUGAAUAGGCGGCCAAUAUCAUCAUCACCAGGGGUCACCAUUAAGGAUCUACCUAUCGAUCCCGCAUUGCACACGGCGUCCGUCGCUAAUGUUUCGAAUCCCAAGAUAGUGAAUGGCGAUACUGUCGAAGUUCACGCAGUAGAAUCAGAAGAAGAAGAGGAGAUGGAGGAAGCAGGAGAAGACAACAACGACGAAGAAGGCGACUCGCCUCCAGUUAACGAAGCCGCGGCCCGUAGGCGAGCUAAGGAGGAAGAAGACGCCCGAUGGCUCGCCGCAUUCUUUCCGCUGAGGAGUGAGCGUCCCGCACGGUAUUCACCUGUCAAUACGGCAGCUCAAGGGUAUGGAAAUGGGAACAGUCUCGACAGGAUGGAGACGAGCCCUUGA